CGGUUUUAGUCUACAGCUAAAAUACAAGUUGUUUAAAAAUAAAAAUAAUUUUAAUAUUUUUAAAAUCCUUAUAAUUAUACAUCGUAGUAACUUUGUAAAAGUAAUGUAACCAAAUUAAAUUUUAUUACAUAUUUUAAGGUGAAUAAACAUGAAUGGACAUGUAAUUAACGAUCCACUUGCCGUUAUAUAUAAUGAAGGCCAGUGGCGAAUAAAUAGAGUUUCUCCGAUGCACAAUUUACAAUAUGGUGAAGUAAAACUAAAACAGUAUGCAUCAAAGAUUCGUCAAGCUUUUGUUAGUACUAUUGCUACUAACUCGACUUUAAAAUAUGUUGUACUAAUUGAAAAUUUACCUUUACUAAAAUACUCGGAAGAAGAUUCAAAUGGCUUAAUGAUAACAGUAACGUCAAGUUCACAAGACAACAACAGUGCUAAGAAUAAAACAGUGUAUGCUGCAAUUCUUCUCUCAUGGGGUGUCAGUAUAUCUAUAGAUGAUGCCACCCAUCUCCCUUACAUGCUUGAGCGGGGAGAGCAGAAAGUGGGCCUUGCUGUUAAAAACACAUUACAAACAAUAUUUGAUUGUAACAUUAAACAAUAUAAUUUCACACAGCAUCAACUAUUACAAUUUGGGUUCAAUUUUGUUGAAAAUGACACAUCCCGGAAUACAGAUCCAUUUAUUCUAAGUUAUAAGACACCCCAAGUUAAUUUUAAAGACAAACUCACAUUAUCAUUUGAGGUUGGUGAUGUGCAUACAAUCUGGAAUGGUAUAAAGGAUGAAGUAAACAGAGAAUCAGAAUCUGUGACCUUGGCUUACCAAAUUCUGCAAAAUCAAAUAUAUCACAUGAUGACUCUUGAUAUAACUGUAUUUGACCUGUGUGAGGUUUUAUUAUCAAAAGCAGAAGUGAAGAGCAAUGGUGUUGUGAAAAUGAAGACUCCAGAAAUUGUUAAUUCUGUAUUUACAGUUUUGAAUGACAUCAAUUCAACUUUGUAUAUAGAUUUUCAUUAAUUUUUCAUAUUGUUGUUAUAGCUAUAAAUUAAUUAUGA